CACCAGCUGGCCUAUGCCACAGCCACAGCAAUGCGGGAUCCCUAACCCACUGAGCGAGGCCAGGGAUUGAACCCGCAUCCUCAUGGAUCCUGGUUGGGAUCGUUAACCACCGAGCCACGAAGGGAACUCCACUGAUUCCCGGGUUUUAAAGUCUGGUGAGAGACACGUCACUAAUCAGUCGCACAAGGAGAGUGAGACCAGCAGGGCAAAGGACUUGAACAGACUUUUCCCCAAAGGCCUACACAUGGCCAACAAGCACAUGAGAAGAUGCCCAACAUGAUGAGUCAUCAGAGAAACACACAUCAAACCCAUCAUGAGAUACGGCUUCACCUGCACUAGGAUGGCUGAAAAAAGGAAAAGAAGGAUUGGCCAGAAGCGGGAGAAACAGGAACUCAUGCACUGCUGCUGGGGGUGUAAACGGUGCAGCUGCCGUGGGAAAGUUUGGCCAUCCCUCAAAAGGUUACACAGAAAAUUACCUUAGAAUCCGGAAACCCUACCCCUAAAUUUGCACCAAAAGAAUGGAACCGAUGUUCAAAACAGAAGCUGCUUGAAUGUUCACAGCAAUAUUCUUCACGAGUGCCCCAACGUGGAAAUGACUCAAAUGUCCGCCACUGAUGAGAGGAGAGACACAAUACGGUCCCUGCACACAAUGGAGCCUGACUCAGCGUCGCAAGGAAAGAGGUCCUGGGACCGAUACAACACCGGGAGGCUCCGAAACGCACGCUAAGCCCCGGUGGCAGCCGGCGGGGAACAGAAAAGCUCACACCUCCCAGGGAGAAAACAGCCACCAACGUUGGAAGCGGGAGCGCAGAGGACGCAGCAGGGCCUCGGAGGCUGAAAGCAGCGCAGCAGCAUGAGCGGUGGGCGCAGCGACCCCCAGCAACAGCCCAGCCAGGCCGCCGCGCGGGGACUGCCGUCAGCCAGCCUCGGACCAGCCCUUCCACCAGGACCACCCGGCUGAGGAAAAGCACUGCGUGGGGAAGACACAGUGGAGACAGAAAGCAGGAGCCCAGGGCUGCAGAGACCGCGAGGGGAAGAAACCUCAGAAACAUCCUCGGGGACAGGAGGGGACAGGAUGACCUCGAGACGCAUCCGGAGCAGCCGGCAAUCAAAGUCUCAGCACAGAAAUAGCCCAACAGAGGGUGAAGAAGAGAGCGCAGAGCAUAAAGGGAACGGGAGAGAGAAGCUAAGAACAGCAGAGGCCAGGAUGUCCACAGCCUGGCACAGAAAGAAGCAGGACCCCCACAAGGAGCAGCAGAAACAGGAGGGCUCCGGGCAGGGAGGAGAGAGCCGGUGGGGAUCGGGGCACGUUCCAGAAGAAAGGCCACAAGCACAGCCCCCCGUCGGCCCUCUGUGACCCCUCCCAGCCUGCUGCCCCCAAGGGCCCCCAGGCAAGCACGGAUCUCUGCAAUGAGACUAAAGUUCGUGUGAAUUGAUCAUAUAAUAUGCAUUAUUUUCUUGCCUGGCUUCUUCACUCAACAUGAUUAUUUCAUCAGAUUUGGAAAAUUUUCAGCUGCAUCCCCUCCCGUCCCGCCCUCUGCUCUCCUCUGGGACUCUGACCACAUCUACGUUAGGUCACACGAAGUUGUCCUGUGCCCACUGAUGCUCUGCAUGUUUUUUCCAGUCUCUUUUCUCUCUGUUUCAGUUUGGAAGGUGUGUUUUUUUUUUUUUUUUUUUUUUUCUUUUUGCUGCACCCACGGCGUUUGGAAGUUCCCAGGUCGGAACUGAAUCUGAGCUGCAGCUGUGGCAAUGCCAGAUCCUUAACCCACUGUGUCCGGCCAACGAUGGGACCUCAAACUCAGAGACAAUGUCAGGUCCUCAACCCGCUGAGACAGAACAGGAACUCCGGGUUUUUUUUUUUUUUUUUUUUUAAACCUAAUGUGAGCAAUCUCUCUCCCACCCCCCAGCUUCUAGAACAUGAAGGAUUAAGUCAUAACAACUGUUCUAAUGGCUGGACCGUGCAUUCCAUCACCGGUGUCAUUUCUGUCACUUCUAUGGACGGAUUUACUGUCCUUCGUUGCUGGCGACACUUCCCUGUGUCCCUGCUUGCCUCUCAAACUCUGACUGGAUGCAAAACAAGGUGAAUUUACCUUGUUGGUGCUGACAUUUUUGCGAUUUAGAAAUAUUCCUGAGCUGUGCUCAGGGAUGCUGUUAGGUUACUUAGCAACAGGCUGAUGCUUCUAGGUCUUGCUCUUAAGCUCUGGUCACAGGAUGAGAGCUGCAUUUAGUACAGGGCUGACUUGGCCCUGGAACGGAGGAAAAUCACAGGGGUGUGACAUGGGGAGCUUCCCACGCUGCGGGGUGGCACCGAGAGCCAGUCCUGGCUCUGUCUGGGUCCUGAGGCAUUCCCUGCAGUUCUUCCUGGGGGCUCUCUGCCUGGCCUUGGAGGCUUCCUCCCCUGUUCUGCACUGGGCAGCAGCCUUGCGGGACCCUCCCUCCGAGAUCCUGCCUCCUUGCGCUCCCUGGAGUCCCAGCCUGUCCCCUCAACUCAAGGAGCCCGGUCUGGGGUCCCCUCCCUGGGCUGUAACCUGUGACCGCAGGGUUCACCUCAUUUGUUUCCUGUUUCUCAGGGAUCACCGCCUGUUGUCUGAGGUCCAGUGUCUUAAAAACCACGGUUUCAUAGGUUUUGUCAGAUUUUUAGUUGUUGCAGGCGGGAGGGUAAAUCUGGUCCCUGUUAUUCUGGGCUAGAAGCAGAAAUUCAUUUAACUUAACUGGCCUAAAGCUUCGGAUGUCACAUCCAAGUGACAUUCCUCCCGUGUGGGGGCUGUGCGGGGUCUCCCGCAUGUCCUCUAGGUGAACUUCAGAGCUCCUUAGAAAUGUCAGCUAUUAGUCUUGCCAGAAGAAGAGCACAGGAAAGAGAACAUUCUAGAACUCCUUCAGCCUUGCAGAGGCCAGGCUAGGAGCCAGGCGGCGGGUCUCCGAGGCAGUGAGACGUGAGGCCAGCAGAAGUAAAUCGUGACCCCCGCUGGGAGGAAACAGGUUUCUGAGGGAAGACUAAACUGGCUCCUGGGAGCCCCUGGUCUUGGGGUAAGUUUUCCCUCCAUUUUAAAUGGGCAAAAAAUAUUUUUUGGAGUAUUUCAGUUUUUCUUCUGCAGUCCUGAAUCUGCUGGAAGGCAGAGGAGGUGAAUUCACAUUUCUGUGAGUUUUCUUUGUGCGAGGCACCUUCUAUACAUGACUGAAUUUCCCUCCCGAAUUUUAUUAUGGAAAGUCUGAAACACACCAGAAAGCUGAGAGUUUUCCAGGCAACACCCAAGUGCCUACCACACCAAUAACAGUUUGCUUACUUGUUUUUUCACAUACCCAUCUGGCCACCCUCCUGCCAGCUUAUCUUCCUCCUGGAGGCCCCUCGACGUAAGCUGCAGACACCAGCACAGUUUCCUCUAAACACUUCAACAGGUAAACCCUUAACCAGAGCCCAGCGUGUGUUUGCAGGUCUGUGCUGGGGAAGUUUACACGCCGUAAGGGUACCCAGGCCAGGGACGUCCUUCCAUGAGUCUGGAAGCAACCCCGGGCCCUGCCGGUCCUUCCCCUGCCCCCGCCGCAACUAUGGGUAUGACCUCCGCUGCCACGGUUCGCUGUCGGACCUGGCCUGGAGCUUCAGGUAACUGGAGCCCCCAGGAUGCCCCCGGAGGGGACUUCCUCACGCAGGCCAACGUGAGACUCCUCUGCACUGCGGCACUGGUCCCUCUCGUCCCCUCCGCCCACCACUGCACUGUGCCGCCGUCACCACCCCCCACUGCACAUGCUGGCUCCUCCUCCACGUACCGGCCCUGACUCUGCACUGACCAGGCUGUCUGCUGCCUGCACGUCCUCCCCCUCCAAAGUGUCCCCCCUGAGGGGGUCUGGAUGGGGGGCCGCCUCUUGGGAUCCAGUCUCCCAUUGCACCUCCUCCGCCAUCCUGCCCUUAGCCGCAGCAGGACUCAUAUACAAAAUCUUUCCUCCCAAGAGCAGAGGUGCUCGGUGGGAAUUUGAGGAGCCUGCCACCUGCUUCCCAAAAGAAGGAGCCCCUGCUGACUCUCACCAAGGCACUGGCCUCGGAAUGCUGAGACAGGGCCUGGUGACUGCCACUAGCCAGCCGGUCAGGGCCACCCCUGGAAACCACCAGAGAAGGAGGUGCUUCUGUGUCCUCUGCACUUGGUCAGUGAAGAAGCCAACACAGACAGACUCAGCGAGCGUGGGUCCGGAGGUCGGAGAUGAGCACGGCUCUGGCCCCUGCCCUCAAGAGCGGCCGACCACGGCAACCCCGGGGGGGCCCAGCCUCCACGCCCCCCAGCCAGCACCCUCCCCUCCGGCCUGCGAUGUCCAGAAUCUCAGGGCUGUGCAGGCCAGGAGGGCUGCACGUGGCUCCUGGGGACGGGCAGCGCGGCCCUACCCCAGGGUCCUCUCCGCAGCCCUCUGCCCCUCCUCCCACCGCCCCAUCCAACUUCCAGGAUGCGUCCUCCGGCUGCCCUUGGCCGCUGACCGCGCUCUCCCAGGGAUCUGCCCAGCCCCUUGGCAGGUUCCCCCGAAGACAGGCGGACCAGGCGGCCUCUGCGCCACGGAGCCUCGCUGGCCCCCGCUCACUCAGGCGUCAGGGUCCCGGCCCGGGCCGCCCUGCCCUCCUGUGUGGCCGCACGCCCCCCUCCUCCCAUGUUCCCGAGGCCACCUGGAGACCCUCCCAGCUCGGGCCCGCAGCUCUGGGAGCCCGGGGCUCGCUUUUCCGCUGUGUGCGUCGCUGCGGCCACCGCGGGCACGCCCUGAUGGCCUGGAGGACCAGGGUGAGGAGUCCGGGCACGGCCGCCGACCGCCCGAGCUGGGAACGUGCUUCCUCCAGGUCACACUUCCCUCGCCUCCGGGGACGGUGCUGAGGACGCAUGUGCCGAGUCUGAAAUCUGAAUUCCUGCGCGUGCGGUGGGAAGACCUAGGGUUCAGGUUUCUACGGACGAGGGCUCAGGAAGGCGCCCCGAGCAGAGGGGCUGCACCGUCGCACACGGCUCGAGUCCUUUGUAAAAUACACCUCCUCUCCCCCCGCGGACACAGACUCUUCCUGCCCAUACGGGAAACACGAAAAUGGAGAUCUGGAGCCACACCACGCACAGCAUCUCCGAGGACAGGGUGGGUGCGGUAUGAGCAGAAACCAUUUUCUGGCAUGUGCGAGGGGCCCUGGGUGCUGCCCACGUCACCCUCUAUCCUAGUGGCAGGUGGGCGGCACCAACCACCCUCGGGCCCCACAGGAGGCAGGGGGAUGUUUCUGCUAAGUGGCAAAGGCCAACUCCAAAGCCACUAAAGCCACGACACCACACGGAACACUCUCCUGUUGACACCCGUCAGGAAGAUUCUAAAUGGCCUUUCGAAGCCCACCCCGAAGUGUUUAUA